CAGUAUCAUACAUCAAGUCAAAUGGGAGAAUUGUCGUCACUGGCAUGCCGACAGACGACGACAAAGGAACCUGCCUACGACUAGCGGGGCGGGCGACGGGAAGCGUGGAUGAUGUGAGUCUGAGGCCAGACCUGGACAACAUUCAGCAUGACGGCGAGUUCAAAUACUUCGGCCCGUAUUCCGACAAUAUAGUAUCGUACUACUGCCGGGAUGGACGGUGCGGUAGGAAUUCUUACGUUUUCAAAGUGUGGCUUUCCGUGACCAAGAACCCAUCGGCACCUGUUUCAGAGAGAGGUGACGUCACGCUGACCUGUUUCCUCAACACCUACAACUCGGGAUGGAUCGAGUGGCAGUACACUCUCAAUCAGGAGACCUCGACCAAUCUCACCGAGCCGACGUUUACUGAGAGCAGCAACAGCUUGACCCUUGAGGGGUUGCUCAGGGACCAGGCUGGCUGGUACCGAUGUGCUGGGAGGGCGUACUGGUCAUCGGGCGAUUGGAACCCGGAUUCAUUUUCAUUCUGGACUGCCGUUAUUGUCUACUAUGGGCCUGAAAUCAUUGACAAGGAAAGAAGCUGGAUUGGUGCGAACGACAACUACACAGCAACCUUAGAGUGCAUCAUCCAAGGCAAUCCCCUCCCCAAUGUCACUUGGUACAGUCCAAACGACACCAUCAUAACCAACAACACAAUACCUGACCGGAUUUCACUGGAAGAUAACAUUACAGGAGAUGGGUUUUUUGAAUAUCAUGUCAUCAGUCACCUGAUCAUUUCUCCAGUGGAGAACAUCACCGAUUAUGGGAUGUACAGGUGUAGAGCUACCAGUAACACCGGUACAUUUGACGAGCACGAAAUACUUUUGAAAGAAACAGGAAAGCCUGAGCGGCCAAAUGGACUUCGGCUGGAUUACUUAUCAACAGAUUCAAUCGUGUUCCAAUGGGAGUCGGGAUAUGACGGAGGCGAGAAGUUAGAGCGUUAUUAUGUCAACAAACGCGAGAUUCCUGAGGAAUUCGAUCCACACGCUUGGAGACCGAGCAUGAUUCCUGAUAUGUCGGAUUAUUUCCCUAACCUCAAGGCGGACACACUCUACCAAAUAGCAGUGUAUGCAACAAACAAACAUGGCUCCGGUCCUUAUGCGACUCUGACCGUGCGCACUAAACCUACAUCCCCAUAUUAUAUGGGUAUAGAGGUGAUAUACAUCCAGCCACAAGGCAAGUUUGUCAUCACCGGUAUACCGGAAGACGACGACGCCGGAACCUGCCUACGACUUGAGGUAUAUGACGAAGCUCAAGGGGAAUGGGUGAGUCUGAGGCCAGACCUGGACUGCAUUCAGCAUGACGUGGACUUCCUGUACUCCGACCCGUUUCCCACAGUCCACUUCCACUGUCUAUACUGUCGGGACGAGGUGUGCGGUUACUCGUCUCAUGUUACGAUUGUUACUAUUACGACUCCUCGGCCUACCAUACCAAUUGCAACAGGCGAUGCGAAGAAUGAUAAUGUAGUGAUCGUAGCUGUGGGCGUGUCUGUUGGCUUCAUUCUCCUGAUAAUUGCGAUCUUUGCAAUGUGCUACUGCAAGUGCUUCAACUGUGCCAAGACCAGCCAUCAUGAUGAGUUCAUGAGAAAUGGACCGCAAACAAAUCCGACAGUUGAGGUUUACACCCCUUCGUACGAUGCACCUCCAAGCUACGUGCAAGCAGUUGAAAUGGAUGUCAAUGCUGGCAAAAAUGACGAUGAACCCCCACCGGCGUACGAUUGUGUGUCAUCUCACACAUCCCAGCAGGCUAUCAAUGAAAACGAAGAACAAGUCUAGAUGCCUAUUGGACCGUGCAUGCAUCCACCAAGGCAGGCACAUGAUGACGUAAUGCAGGCAUGAGUCUCACUAUCAUCAGAACUAUAAAUGUCGUUGUAAUUGUGUCCUUUAUUUCCACUAGAAUUAUAUUUCUCCGGGAUAUUUUAAAAAUAAUGUUCAAUAAUUAUAAUUCCUGAGUGCAUAACUAUCUCAAAACAUUACUAUAGGAAACUUUUUUUCAAACCAUUGUAUUUGUUCAAAAAAUUUCAAAAAAUCCAAGGUUUCUUAAAACCGCGUUCUGUGGCUCCAGUGUCAUUUCUGCAAAACGAAAACUAUCUCUGAAAUUAAUUUAAUUUUAAAUAUAAUUUGAUUCAAUUUAUCUGUAGAUUAAGGAAAGAAUUUGGGUGACUUUUUUAUUUAUAUUUGAUUUUCAGAAGCUUGACGUUAACAAAUUUGUGUCGUGGUUCUCUUCACAAAGCGUUGCAUGAAGUGCAUUGAAAACUAUAAAUCGGUGUCAAAAAGCUAGGUAGUUAUGCAUUGUAUAAAAAUACAUGUUUAAUUAUUGUUCAUCUCAUUAAUUUUGUAUCAAAUAACUUACCUGAGUUACAUGUAAAUCGCGUGUUGACAACAAACAAAAUGUAUUUUUCGAGCAGCUGAACAAGAAUAUGAGGACGCCCUUACAGAAAUGUCUCUUUUAUGAAUUGAGGAAUAUAUCGGAUCGUUUUUAAAUGUCAUUAAUGUCAGUAUCUUUGUUUCCAACUGGGUAAUUGUACAGAUCUAGACUUUUCUAAUUGUUUCUUAAUGUUAUGUGUGUAUAAAUAGUUGUUCUAAGUUACAAGAUUUUACUUAAAGUCAUUUGAUUAAGAAAAUGCUUAAGAGAGCAGGUUUAAAUGCGAAGUGCAUGUAUAUAGAUAUUUGUUUUCCAUUACGCAAGCAUAUUUUUGGCAACAUCUUUAAAAGUAAUCAAUUAUUUAUCAAAAGAGAUCAAGGGUUAUAAUCGCAUGUUGGCUACAAAGAAUUGUAUUCGGGCAACUGAACAGUUUUACGAAAACGUCUUGAUAGACAUUUCCUUUGGGGAACUCGCGUUAAUGUAACGGACAUUGUUUGGUAUUGGAAGAUCUGUUGCGAUCCGCGAACUGUGUGUGAACCUGCCACUUAGUCAGUGUAAUUGGCAAUUAUCGUGGCCGUUAUCGAUCGAUUGAAAGUUUAUUAUUUAGCUUGACAAAAGGCAAGAGAUGACUUUCUGUGGAGAGGACAGGAUCCGACAAGGCUUUGUUUGUUGAAGACUGAGCAUGUUAAUGGUGUUUUUUGUGAUGUACAUUAUGUAUUUGAAAGCGCAAUUUUAGGGGUUGUCAGUUUCACGGAGUUAGAUCACUUGUUUAUCGUGUUGUUUUGUUUGGCUUUUUGGCACCGGCCUAUCGGUACAGUCAGACGGGUUUUUUUUAAUUCAUGAAUUCCUUUGAUUGUAUUUUCACAAAGUGUGUGUUGCAUUUCAUUAGUUUUUGUUUUGUUAAGUUUCACAUAUGGUCACCUAGGGGCAAACUUUGAGUAAAGCGACCAUAAGUGUUAAGGCGAUAAUUCGUUUUAUUAUAAUUCAAUGUUUCAAUUUCAUCAUUCUUUUGCUUUAUACAGUGCCUGAUGAAGAACGGCUAUGUCCAUUUGAAACGUUAUAUUAAACCUCCUCAGAACAGCAAUGACUUUGUUGGGUGUCCUUAUCUUAUUCAAUGUAUAUAUAGAUCUACAUAAUAAUUAUAACUUUAUUAAAUGAUGGUAGCUAUCACCUUGAAAAUAAUUUUCAAUUGGCCAUCGAAACAGUAUAUUAUACAAGAAAGAACAUGCAUUUUUGUAAUCCUUAAAACAACCGGUAGUUUUUAACGCAAUCUCCUUUUUUGAUCUGCUUGUUUUCUUAUGUUUUAGCUUGGGAUCAUUGUUCGUGGUAUUUUGCAUCCGUUAAUUUAUGUGUAUUUUAAGCUGUUAUAAUUUUAUGUGAAAUUGGUGUAUUAUGUAAUCAGCCUAACGGUUGCCAAGAAAUAUAUUAUCCUAUCCUAUCGUAUUGAAAAAGAAUCUUAUGAUGACAAGAAUUAAAAGUCGCAUUUUAAUUCAUUAAAAUCCAGAUGAAACUUUAAAAAACAAUAUAAAUAUAACAUAUCAGUGAAUAAAGCUAUAUUUCAAUUC